UACCGUGUCUCGUGAUAAACGCGAAAUAAACUGGACUCUCGAGGCCGAAACCGCGUUUGACAAGGCCAAAGCCGACCUUGCUAAUGCCGCGUUAUUAGCACACCCGUCCAAUUCGGCCGACACUCGUGUCGUGUCGGAUGCUUCGGAUUUUUCCAUGGGUGAGGCCCUUGAGCAGUAUACCUCUGACGGUUGGAGACCAUUAGCUUUUUUCUCUAGAAAGUUUACUCCGGCUCAGAGGAAUUAUAGCGCGUACGACCGCGAAUUGACCGCGAUUUAUGAAUCAAUAAAGUUUUUUAGACAUUUCCUCGAAGGUCGUAACUUUAAGGUCAUGACGGACCAUAAACCUUUGGUUUACGCUUUUCAGCAACGGUCGGAUAAAGCCUCUCCUAGGUAACUACGUCAGCUCUCGUACAUAGCGCAGUUCACCACCGCGUUUGAAUAUCUCGCAGGUUCCGAGAACGUGGUGGCUGACAAUCUAUCUCGUGUUGAGGCUCUUCGCCUCCCGGUCGAAUUUGAAUUAGUAGACCUCGCCGCUAGGCAAAAAGAGGAUGAAGAAUUAAAGCAUUUGUUAGUCUCAAGCUCGUCCUCGCUUAAAUUAAAAAAAUUCAUUUGGGGUUCUUCCAACUCAGAGCUAUACUGCGAAUUGUCAGGGGAAUCAAUCAGGCCCUACAUUCCAGCAUCUCUUAAAUGACAGGUUUUUGACUUGUUUCAUAACCCCGCGCACCCGAGCGCUAAAGUAACAGCCCGUGUCAUCCGACAGCGGUAUAUCUGGCCGAACCUACAUCGCGACGUCGCGACGUGGGCGGGUAACUGCACUGACUGCCAGCAGUGCAAGACCUCACGCCACGUGAAACUCGAGCCUGCACAGUUUGCGGUUCCUGACGGGCGUUUCGACCACGUCCACAUGGACAUAGUUGGUCCUUUGCAGCCCAGUAAUGGUUUUAUUUAUUGCCUUACAAUUAUAGAUAGGUUUUCCCGCUGGCCAGAAGCGAUUCCAUUAAUAGAUAUUACGGCCAGGACAAUAGCCAGAGCCUUCUUUGAUAAUUGGGUCGCUCGUUUCGGUGCACCUAGUAUUUUAACGACCGAUCAGGGUCAACAGUUCGAGGCACAGCUCUUUGCAGCCCUUCUCAAGCUUAUCGGAUGCAGACGCAUUCGUACGACAGCUUACCACCCCGCCGCUAACGGCAUGAUCGAGCGUUGGCACCGCACCUUUAAGGCGGCGAUCAUGUGCCACAACACGCCGAAUUGGGUGGAGGUCCUCCCGACAGUUUUGCUCGGGCUGCGCACCCAUGUGCGUAUGGACACUAAAGCCUCCCCGGCCGAAUUCCUAUACGGCACGGUACUACGGAUCCCGGGAGAAUUUUUCCUCCAGGAGGAUUUUACACCGGAUCCCCAAAUUUUUAUAGAUGACUUUCGACAGCACAUGCGUCAGGUGAAGCCAGUACCGGUGGCACACCACUAUAAAAAGCGCGUUUUCCGAUUCAAGGAAUUGUCUGUCUGUUCGCACGUCUUCCUCCGCAAGGACGCGGUCAAAAAACCUCUAGAGCGACCGUAUUCAGGCCCCUUCAGGGUAAUUGAAAGGACGUCGGUCAAAGUCUACUCGAUCGAGAUAAACGGCAGACCUACAGCCGUUUCGGUCGAACGCCUUAAGCCUGCUCAUUUCGUACCGGACGACGCUCUAGCCCCUGGCAAUCCGUCUACGUCCGACGCUACAGACAAGCCUCCUGCUUCGUCAAGCGUUUAACCGGGUUCCUUGAAAACGUAUACGGGCCCGAAAAAAAGGUACAAAUUAGGCUAGACAAAAACACUGUACGUUUAUUCCCUCGCUAGUAAAAUCUCGACACGGGAAAGUACAGGUAGUUAUGUAUUGCGCGUAAAAAUUCAUAUGUUCCGUUUGCCAUUAGUGUUAAGUGCAAUUUUCAUUCUGGUCACGGUCGCGUAUUUGCUUCGGUUUAUACCUACAUCCUGCGUACGCAUUAGUCUUUAAGCAGCGAUACUGUAUUAUUCCAUGUGCAAUUAGUUAUAUAUCCGCGUAUGCGUUAGUCUUUAAGCAGCGGUAUAACAUAUAUUAUAUUUUAUCUCGGAUCUUGCAAUGUACAGCCUGCGUCUACAUAUUUGUUCUAAGCAGCGGUACCUUAAUAUUGUUUAAUCCAUCGUACAUUGUACAUCUUGCGUCUACAUUUUCGUUCUAAGCAGUAGUACCUUUGUAUAAUUCUGUGAUACACCCUGCGCUCACACUAGUUCUAAGCAGCGGUAUCAUAAGUUCCUGCAAUAUUCUUUGUGAUAUUUGGCAGCGUCAGUUAUUUAUGAUAGACACCCUGUGUCAUACCAAAAAUUAUAUUUCUUUCUCUCCAGCGUUAGCACUCGGGGGGGAGUGUGUGGCGACUUGCAGUUGCCCAUCUAUACCGCGACACAGUCUAUGGUCGUUGUAUAGAUGGGCAACUCAAGUCGCCACACACUCCCCCCCGAGUGCUAACGCUGGAGAGAAAUUACAAAAAUAUGUAUUGAUAUGACACUGGGUGUCUAUUACGGCAAUUGGCGCUGCCGAAUAUUACACAAAUGUUGUAGGACUAUGGUGUAUCACAGCAUGUAAUUACAAUACCGCUACUUAAAGAUUACUACAUACGCAGGAUGUAUCGCAAAAACUUAUAGUUAGUACCGCUGCUUAGAACUAAGGGAAUAUGUAUACGCAGGAUGUACAUUGUACUGACUGUGAAAUACCGUAACAUGUAAUGAGUAUUAUACCGCUGCUAAAACUAACGCUUGCAGGAUGUAUAAACUUAUAAUUAGUACCGCUGCUUAAGGACUAACGCACGCAGGAUGUACAAGCUUAUGUCUAGUACCGCUGCUUAAAGACUAACGCAUACGCAGGAUGUACAAAAA